UAAACAUCGAUCGAUAUUGAAUCUCCAACUUCGCGUACCUCGUGUGGUCGCACGUGUUUCUGUCAGCAUUUUGAAACGUAAAUUGGCGGUGCUGGAAAAAUGGGUAAAGCGAAGAAGCUGAAGGUGUCCAAAGGCGAGACCAAGGAGAAGAUAGGCUUGGCGGAGCAGAUAGAACGUGAGAAAGCGGUGAAGGUGAAAAACAGGCGGAAAGUCAGAUGCCGGGCCGACGAGGAGGAAGAGUACGUGGCGCCGACUCUGACGAAGAAGAUCUUGUCGCAAGCCAGGCAGCAGCAGCUAGAGAUCGAGGACGAGAUCGGCCCCAGUGAUUCCAAGCGCGCGAGGAGGCCGACGGUGAAACUCGGCUCCGGCCUCAGCGACGAGGAUCGCUCCAGCGACGACGAGGAGCCGGUGGAGGAAGUGUACUAUUACGAGAACAUCGAGAUCGACGAGGACGAUGAGCGGGCGCUGCGGAUGUUCAUGUCGAAGGACCCGGCGCCGACCAGGACGCUGGCCGACAUAAUAAUGGAGAAGCUGACGGAGAAGAAGACCGAGAUUGAGACACAGUUCUCCGACGCCGGGACGAUUCAGCUGCAGGAUCUGGACCCGCGGGUGAAGGCGAUGUACGAGGGCGUCCGAGACGUCCUGGCCAAGUAUCGUAGCGGCAAGCUGCCCAAGGCCUUCAAGGUCGUGCCCAGCCUGAAAAACUGGGAGCAGAUAUUAUACAUUACGGACCCGCCCAGGUGGACCGCCGCCGCCAUGUACCAGGCGACGAGGAUAUUCGCGUCGAACCUGAAGGAGAAAAUGGCCCAGAGGUUCUACAACCUGGUUCUGCUGCCGCGCAUCAGGGACGAUCUGAUGGAGUACAAAAGAUUGAAUUUUCACCUGUACCAGGCGCUGAGGAAAGCGCUGUACAAGCCGGCCGGAUUUAUGAAGGGAUUCCUCCUGCCGCUCUUGGAAUCGGGAACGUGCACCCUCAGAGAGGCCGUCAUCGUCGGCUCUGUAAUUGCGAAGAACUCUAUACCGAUCUUACACUCCUCGGCGGCUAUACUGAAGAUCGCCGAGAUGGAAUACACGGGCGCCAACAGCAUCUUCCUCAGGAUAUUUUUGGACAAGAAAUACGCGCUUCCGUACAGAGUGGUGGACGGGGUAGUGUUCCACUUUCUUAGGUUCGAAAGAGACCGGAGAGAGUUGCCAGUGCUGUGGCAUCAGGCCAUGUUGACUUUCGUGCAACGAUACAAGAGCGAUAUCAGUUCCGAACAAAAGGAUGCCUUGCUGGGAUUACUGAGGAAACAGUCACACCAUUCGAUCACUCCCGAAGUUAGAAGGGAAUUGCAACACGCGAAAUGUAGAGACGUAGAAGUUACAGAACCUAAACCAGAACCAAUGGAUGUUAAAGAUACAUGAUGCAGCAUAUUUAUAUCAAAACAGUUAAUAUCUGCAAUUGUAAUUAUGGUAGAUAAGAUUUUGGAAAAGAUUAUAACUGGAACAUUAUGAACAAGUUAGGCGAUUUAUAACAAGACUCGAGUUGCUGUGUAAAAAUACAUCUAUAUUUGGUCCUA